CGGGCGCUGCCCCCAUGUUCCCUGUCCCCUUGCAGCCGCUGCCCUCGCUCUGGAGGCUGGUGGAGGAGCAGGUGGUGCCCAGCGAGAAGCCCGAGGUGAAGAGCAUCCUGGGGGUGGACCUGGUGGAGCGCAGCUUGGAGCUGCACGCGGAGGUGGAGACCCUGGUGGAGCUGUGGCGGGAGGAGCGCUCGGCCUGCACCUGGCUGGGUCAGUGCCCCCCGCAGGGGGCCGGGGACUGGGCUCUCCUGACAGCCCCCACCCACCUCAAGGAGCUGGUGAGACGGGAGCUCCGGAUGCUGCUGUUCAGUCUCCAGCAGAAGGCGUCCCAGGAGGGCAGGGACGCAGCUGGGGCCAUCGCCAAGUACAGCCCCCACGUGGUCAGCUUUGCCCUGGGGCCACACGCUGGAGGGGAGUGUGCAGGACAGGACAGGUCCCUGUCUGGGGGCACCAGCACCAGCCCAGGACCUGGCCUUGUCCACCACCUGGAGUCCCUCAAGGACAAGCUGAGUGUCUCCCGCAUCCACCAGGUGCAGACCUAUCUCCGGGCCCUGCUGGAGGAGGAGUGCCGUGCCCUGGAGAGACACAUCUGCCACCUCCGGCGCUGCCUGGAGGAGGAACACCGAGCCGCUGCGGGGCCGGCGCAGGAGCCAACGAUGGCUGAGCUGCAGGAGCAGAGACGAGCCAUGGAGCGGGACCUGCAGCUGGGCCAGCUGGGCCCCAGGCCUGGCCUCUCCCAGGAGGUCCAGUGCCCUGAGCCUGUGGCCCCCCGACAGCCCAGGUGUCCCGUGGGCCUGGGGAGCCCGGCACCAGCCAGCGUGUUCCCCCGCCUGGCACCAGCCGCUCCGUCCCCGUCGGGCCGCCGAGAACCAGCCCCGCCAGCCCCAGGCACUGUGCUGGGCCGAGUGCCUCUCAACGGAUGCAGCUGCUCUCUGGGUGGCCUGGCUGGGGGGCUCCAUGGAGGGGCUGCGACCCCCGGCUGGGCCUCUGGGCACCAGGACCUGGCCACGCCAUCACCCCCAGGAGCUGGGGUUCCCCCUGCAAGCCCAGCCUGCAGCCGCCUGGCCCCCCCGCCAGUAGGGCCCAGCCUGGCCUUCCUCCCCUUGCCACCCGCAGAGCAGCACCCACCCCUGCGCCCCCUCUCCGGCCGCCACCUGAGGCUGCUGGGCUGCCAGGGGCCGAGCUAGCGCAGGGAGCCUCACCCUGCCUGCCCUGGGGCAUGGGAAGGGAUCCUGGGGCAGCCUGGCAUGGGCAGGAGGUCCUGCGCCAGCUCCCCCCAGCUCCAGUGCCGGUUAUUGCCCUGCUGGGUCCCUCUGUCC